AUGAGGCGCCUCCGCGCCCGCGACGCGGAGUCGCUCGCGUGUCUGGACAGCCGCGCUGGAGAGAGCAGCCAGUGUCGGCGCGCUUCUUCGCUGGCUGUCUCGUUCUGCGUCUUUUCUCUCCUGCCUCUCUUUGUCAUUCUCCUAGGUGAAGCUUCUUCUGUCUCUCCCAGCUCGUUUGUCCCAGUCGGCGAACAAGACGCCGUGACCGUGGAGGCGGCCGAAGCGCCCCGGGAGCGACGACGCUAUGUGCCUAGGACCUCGAAUCCAGACUUCGGAAGAGAAGCUCCGGCGAUCGCCGGCGCGCCGUUCAUCCUCGCGGACGACUGGCCGUACAUCUUUGACGGAGUCGCGCCAGAUGGCAGUGCCUCCACGGUCGAGAGAACGGCCGGGCAGGAGGAAGGGGAGACGAUCAAAGGCGAAAACGAGCGCGAAAACAAAUGCGCCUUUUUCGUCUGGGCCCACUCGCUGUCGCCGCGACCCAGAGCGAUCGUCCGCGACAAGGAACCCAUCGACUGGAGCGAGUUGUGGUACUACUACCUGCGAGAGCUCCAGCGGCGCGGCGACUUCGACACCCUGGUGCUGCUGGCGCCGGACGCACACAACCGCCAAGAUGAAAGCAUAAGUCGUCUGCAUGCGUACGCCGCCUGGCUGGCUAGAAAGAUGAGAUUGAUGCUGUCUUUCCUGCUCGUGGACGGCCGCGAAGAGGCCGCAGUUGAGAGGGAGUUGAACGCGCAGACGCCCGGCGAAAAGCAGCACUCUAAGCAGCUCCGAGCACGCGCGACUGGGACCCUCGACGGAGCGGAAGCCGUGCACCCGCGACUGGGCCGAAAGUCCGAGCAGGAGGCAGAGAGCCUCUGGGAGGCAGGCGGCGAGGAGGGACGGGCGGCAACUGUCGCGGCUCUCGAGGUGCCUCCGGAGCCGCAGGGCCGUCAGCCGGCGGAGCAGCGGCCGAAGCGGGAGGACGCGGCGGCGCCGGAGGCCGGUGGGGGUGCGACGCCUGCAGAGCUGCAGUGGCUGGCGCCUCUCGCGAGUCGGCGGUGGCGCAAAUGUUCGUCGGUCGACUUGUUUCUGCUUGGCAAAGGCGUCGGCGGCCUGGCACUGCGGCUGCUGGCGGCGCCGAGCGAGGAACUCUGGGGUGAGGCCUCGACGGAGGCGGAGGAGAAGGAGAUUCUGCUUUUCCAUGACUUCCUCUGGCGGCACAUGGAGACGGUCGCUGCUGGUCGCGCGGCGCAGAGGCCUCAGCGGUCGAGGAAGCCGACGGUCAGUCUGCGUUCCGUGGUGACGGUGAACACUCCGCAUGCAGGAGUCGCCGGUCGGCCCUUUGCGCGAAGGAGUUCCUUCACCGAGUGGAUGUUGCGCCAUGCGCCCUCCAUGGCGAGGCUGGCCUCGGGACGCAUGCUGAGUCUCCUCUUCGGCGCGGCGUUUCUCAAGGAACUGUGGCAUGGUGACGCGGACCGUCUGCUCUGCACACUCGCCCAGCAGGAGAAGCGCGCGUAUUCGCAGCGACGCAGGACAGGGUCGCUGCUCGCGCUCGCGGACGCAGUGCUUUUCUACGGUGCCCUCGACGACCGAGUGAGGAAGUCGCCCGCCAGUGUCCUCGGCAUCUGGGACCCGGCUCUCCUAAACUCCGUCGGCCUCGACUUCCUCGCCAGACACACGGACGACCACAACCAUUACCGCUUCAUCGACGUCGCACACUCUCCCAGCAAUGCCCUCGGCGUCCAGCAGCCGAAGGCAGGAGACGGCACGCAGCAGCCGCGAGAAGCUGAAGAAGGACUGCAGGCUUCACCUCGCAAUGGCGGUGAGGGCCGGACGAACGCGGGGGUCCACCCCCAGCGACCUGUGAUUCCGCGCUACCACAAGAAUCUCCUCGUGUACGACUCGAACGUCUGCAAAGUGCUGCCGAGAAACAAGUUGUUCGAGGCGACGCUCCAACUUCUGGAGUUGAUCAACGAACACCAGCAACCUGUGCCAUUCGUCCCUCUCAGGUUUGGGAGGCUGACGAACCACGCUGCGCUCUUCGUCGAUGGAGACAUCGUCAGACGGCGAGGCGCCUUCUACUUCGGGAAGCCCCGCGUCAACUUCGACGUCAACAAGUGGAGUUUGAUGCAUGCAGCUGUGCGGAGUCUGCAGACGCGAGCUGCGAUCGAAGAGACUGAAUUUGACAAUGACAAGGCCAUUCCGCCCGAGGCCUGGUUCCUCCCCACUCGAGACCAAACGAGGACGUGGACUUAA